UAUCUUUCUUCUUCCGUUCCAAUAAGAGAAUGCCUUCUCGUAACAUUCAAAUUCAAUCCCCUACUAGCUCAGUUGAAAGUGAGUUUGAACAAAUCAUUCAAGACACCGUCGAAUACGAUGAUUUUGACUUUGGAAACGGGAGUACAUCUACGUAUGAAGUAAGGCGUUUCUUGAAGCCAUGCAUUACAUAUCCCGAACUCAAGAAAAAGAAAGGAUCCAGAGGCCAGAGACAUACAAUUAAAAAGAGGGUUAUUUUUGCUGACCAGCUAGUUGAAGUUAAAUGUUACUGUAAACCAACGAUCAAGAAUCCCUGCAUGGAUUUUAUCUCACCAGAGAAGAGACAAGAAAGAAGACGGCUGAGUGCCUUGAGAGCCAGAGUCAUCCGAAAGAGCUCUAUCAAAACGCAUAAUUUUCUCAUUAGAAAUCCUCUCGGAGUACCUAAUAAUCCAUAUUUCAGAGAUUGUCAAAAGACAAAACGACAAUUGAUUUCCGAGGUCUUAACAUUAAUUAAAGAAGUCAAAGGAUACUUGAAGUAUGUCCCUACGAUUUUCCAAGAAAUCCACCCCUUCGACAACCAUAUUAUAACGUAUAUGAAUUCUGUUGGUAGGUUGGCAAAUGAUCCAGCAAGACCCCCCAUUAAUCCUUCAUCUAAAAACCCAAAUGCUUUCAGGGCUUUCACAUUACAUGAAAUCCCAUGGGAACUCGAGUUGAAGCUAUGGUCCUACAGAAAACUCAAGAUCAAAGAGUUUUAUUGCAAGGAAUUAGCAAGUAAAGGCAUCAUUAAUAUCGAUUUUCUUCACAUGGGGGAGUACUUCUCGAAAAACUACCACAAAGGAAAAUACAAGAGAUUCGUGGAAAACCCUUUUCAAUACUUCACCAAGGAUGUCCUGUUAAACGAAGACUUGGAAUCAGUGAGAGAUGACUGGUAUAAUAUUUCCGAAAAGGCUCCAUCUCCUGUUCUCUCCCCAACAGACUUUCUGCUCCCCCAAACAGAUGACAUUGUCACCAUUUUUGGUGACGAAUUGCAUCCAAACUCUCAAAUUCCCACCCUAGCACCCGAACCUUUCGUUGAAAUUGACCUAACCGAUAGCCAAGAUAUAGUAGGUAUCUUCGAGUUUGAUUAAUAUUGUUUUGCAACCAAAAAUGCACCCACCGCCUCCCUAAGGAAUCGAACCAGCAAACGAUGAUCCCAGAAAAACUUUCUAGAAAGUUCUCACUGGAAGGAACUGGUGUACGGAUGUCGAACGUUAUUUUAGGACGGCGGGCAAUUUAUUGAACAUCAAAUAUACCCAAAGCCAGAUCGAUAAGAAGGCGAUAUCUUUUUCUUUG